AUGGCAUUCAACAGAGACCUAAAACUCAAAAGUCCGAUGGUUGAAAAAUCCGGUUCUUCUCUCGAAGAGGCUUUCACCAAUGGAAUGAGUGAAUGUAGGGAGCACUUCCGAGCCAUGCUGUUCAUGUGCAAACAACAGUUGGAAGCCACCAUAGCCAAGCAUGCUGAAGAAGUUGAAGUCUAUCGAGUUCAAGGUAAACUUGAGUUACUUGAAGAACUCUUCAGCGUGGAGGUAGUGAGAAGUGAGAAGGAGAAGCUAGAGUCCAAACUUGUGCUCGCACGGGCGAAUAUGGAUAUUGUUAAGGUUCCUUAUAUUGAUUGGUUCAAGUUGGGUGAGCCACAAAUGUUUGACUAACCCUUUUCUUUCAUAAUCCCUCCAGCUUUGAAAUGUUUUAGUUUGUUUGUUA